GGGCGGGGGGAGCGGAGAGGAGCGGAGCGUGCGCAGGCGCACGGAGCGGGGACGAGGCGGCGUUGGCGGCGGCUUGGCUCGGCCCGGCUCCGUGGCCCCAGCGUCAGCGCCACUGCCCUCUUCCUCCUUCUACCUCCUCCCCCCGCAGCUGCUGCCGCCGCCGCGCCACCCCUCCCCUACUGUCGCCAACUGCCGCCGCAGUGAGGGCGCGAGGCCACGAGCGAGGCAGCGCGCGCGAUGGCGGCCGCGGCGGCCCUGGCAAAGCACGAGCAAAUCCUGGUGCUCGAUCCGCCCACCGACCUCAAAUUCAAAGGUCCCUUCACAGAUGUUGUCACUACAAAUCUUAAACUACGAAAUCCAUCAGAUAGAAAAGUAUGUUUCAAAGUGAAGACUACAGCACCUCGUCGAUACUGUGUGCGGCCAAACAGUGGCAUUAUAGACCCAGGAACAUCUGUAACUGUUUCAGUAAUGCUACAGCCUUUUGAUUAUGACCCCAAUGAGAAGAGUAAACACAAGUUUAUGGUACAGACAAUCUUUGCACCACCAAACAUUUCAGAUAUGGAGGCAGUGUGGAAAGAGGCAAAACCUGAUGAACUAAUGGACUCGAAAUUAAGAUGCGUCUUUGAAAUGCCCAAUGAAAAUGAUAAACUGAAUGAUAUAGAAUCAAGCAAGUCUGCCCCAGUGCUGAAUACAUCUAAACAGGAUGGACCGAUGCCAAAACCACAUAGUGUUUCACUUAAUGAUACCGAAACGAGGAAACUAGUGGAAGAGUGCAAAAGACUUCAGGGUGAAGUGAUGAAACUGUCAGAUGAAAAUCGGCACCUGAAAGAGGAAGACUUGAGGCUCAGAAAGGUAGCACGCUCAGAUAAAUCUGGAUCACCCACAGCCUUGGCUCUCAGAGAGAAUGGCUCAAAUCCUCUUCCCUCUCUUCUUGUUGUAAUUGCAGCCAUUUUCAUUGGAUUCUUCCUAGGGAAAUUCAUCUUGUAGAGAGUGAGAGAGAGAGAGAGAGAGAGAGAGAGAGAGAGAGAGAGAAGCAUGCAGAGUGCGGCUUCCUUUUUGUUUCUUGGCCAGGAAAAGAUUUGUUUACCUACCGCUUCAUUGGUAGUAUGGCCCAAGUGACCAUUUUUGUGUACAGCGUCAUACAGGCUUUGCCUUUAAUGAUCUCGCACGGUUAGAAAACACAAUUAAAAUAAAAGACAAACUGUUCGGCUACUGGACAAAAUUGUACAUUUAAAUCAUCAAUAGCAGGUGUCAGUUGCACAUUCAGUCCUUUAUGAAAAUUCAUAAAUAAAGAAUUGUUCUUUCUUUUUGUGGUUUUAAUAAGAGUUCAGAAAUUGUUCAAAGUCUUGUAAAUGUUAUUUUAAUAAUCCUUUAAAAUUUUAUCUGUUGUUGUUACCUCUUGAAAAAUGAUUUAUUAGAUUGCUUAAUCCCACUCAUUCAGGAAUAUGACAAGAGGUAUUCUGGGGGAAUGGUGCCUCUUACUGUGUAAAUUUUCUCCUUUAUCUUUCUUUGCUAAUAUCAUGGCAGAAUUUUUUUUCUUAUCCCUUGUGAGGCAGUUGUUGACAGUUUUUCAUCCUUACAAUCCUGUCCCAUGAUAUUUAACAUUAAAAGAGAAAUAAAAUUGUUAACAGAU